AUGAUGUUUUGUUGUGUAUUCAAAGAUCGUUUGCAGAAUUGGCUUCGUGACUAUGAUCGGCUUCAAUAUUUGGCCGUCAUCCUCAUCUACGUUCAGAUAGGAUGUGCCUUGAUUGGAUCCCUGGGAGCAUUGUACACUGGGGUUUUGCUCAUCAAUCUCAGCGUCGCAUUGUUUGCUCUUGUCGCCAUCGAGAGUAGCAGUCAGAGUCUGGGCCGCACGUAUGCCGUCCUUCUUUUCUCCGCCAUCUGCCUCGACAUUUCCUGGUUCUUCCUCUUCUUUUCUGAUAUUUGGAACAUUUCUCCCGAGAAGUAUGGAAUGUUCUUCAUCUUUUCAGUGAAACUUACUCUGGCAAUGCAAAUCGUUGGAUUCUCUGUGAGGUUAUCGUCAUCGUUCUUGUGGAUUCAGAUAUACAGGUUGGGUGUCUCAAAUGUUGAAAAUGGAGCUCCCAGAGAAGCAGAUUUUGAUUUGAGAAAUAGCUUUUUGAGUCCAACCACCCCUUCUGUAGCUAGGCAGUGCUCAGAGUCUGAUGUUAUAGGAGGCGCUGUUUAUGAUCCAUCUUACUAUUCAUCUCUCUUUGAGGAUAGUCAAGACAAUAGAGAACUGCAUGGGGAGAAAUCUUCUGGCUUGAGCGAAAAUGGGUCCACUUCCAGCACUGAUGUUUCUCGUCUAAAGGCAUACAGAGGCAUACCUUUCUGUAAUGUAAAUGAAGAGAGUGGAGCAGGGAAGGCCCAGAUGGUUUAA